CUCCCUCCUUUUUGAAGUGGCAUUAAUUCCUUCUCACUCCGAUUUUUGCCUCGGUUGCUUCGCGUUCUUCGAACACGGCAGCUAGCGAGCGCGUGAAGGGAGAUGUCGAACUUCACGGCGGCUGCAGAGGGGGGAGGAACGGUGGCGGCGAGAUCCUCGCUGUGGGAGUCCAUCCGGAGAUGUGGAAUCUUGGGGAUGGGGAUCGACGAGGAGGAGCUGAGGCGUAAGAUCUUGAUACCGGCGUACAUCCGGACGGCGAUGUCGUCGGCCAUCCGCAACCGGGACGCGGGCGCUAGCGCCGAGGCGGCGGUGAGAGCCGGGGAGGAGGCGGACGAGGUGCCGGAGGCGCCGAUAGUGGUGCUCGUGAACUCCCGCAGCGGCGGCCGCCAUGGCCCCCAGCUUACGGCCCGGCUUCAGCAGCUCAUCAGCGUAGAACAGGUAUUUGAUCUUUCAGAUACCCAGCCUCCUCAUUUUGUUCAGUAUGGUUUGACUUGCUUAGAAAACUUGGGUGACAAUGGCGACAAUCUUGCAAGGGUCAUUCGCGAAAACUUAAGAGUUAUGGUUGCUGGAGGUGAUGGUACGGUAGGUUGGAUAUUGGGAAGCCUGGGAGAACUUUUUGUGCAGAAAAGAGAGCCAGUUCCUCCAACUGGCAUUAUUCCACUUGGAACGGGGAAUGAUCUCUCAAGGAGUUUUGGUUGGGGUGGUUUGUUUCCUUUUGCAUGGAAGUCAGCAGUGAAACAAUCUCUUCUUAAGGCAGUCUCGAAUCCUGUUCAACACCUUGAUAGUUGGCAUGUUACAAUCAUAAUGCAAGAAACAGAACGACUAGAACUUCCAUUUUCUCUUAAGCAUAUGGAGGAGUAUGAUCUUACUCAGGAUGUGGACAUACAAAGAGAAUUGCCUGAAAACAUUUCUUGCUCUGAAGGAGUAUUUUACAAUUACUUUAGCAUUGGAAUGGAUGCUCAAGUUGCUUAUGGAUUCCACCAUCUACGCAACAAAAAACCAUAUCUUGCACAGGGUCCCAUGUCAAAUAAAUUGAUUUAUGCUGGACUUGGCUGCACACAAGGGUGGUUCUUUACACCGUGUGUGAAAUCUCCAGAACUAAGGGGACUCAAAAACAUUUUAGCUCUUUAUAUUAGAAACGACAAUAGCAAACAGUGGGAGAAGAUUCAAAUUCCUUCAAGUGUUAGAUCCAUUGUUAUUCUAAAUCUUGACUGUUAUGGAGGUGGAAGACAUCCAUGGGGGCAUCCUAUGCCUGAGUAUCUUGAGAAGAAAAGCUUUUUUGAAGCUCAAGUGGAUGACGGGCUGCUUGAGAUAUUCGGGUUAAAGCAUGGAUGGCAUGCAUCCUUUGUUAUGGUUGAACUUAUUUCGGCGAAACACAUUGCACAGGCAGCUGCUAUUAAGUUGGAACUACGAGGUGGUGACUGGAACAAAGCCUACAUGCAAAUGGAUGGAGAGCCCUGGAAACAACCCUUAAAAAGGGACUACUCAACCUUUAUGAAGAUCGAGAGGGUUCCCUUUCAAUCACGCAUGAUAAGCGGAAAAUGAUACCACCCGUCUAUGUAUAUUGUAAUAUUCUUGAUUUACAUUUUCCCUGAGGAACUCGUGAAUCCCUUCUAGUGCUUAAAAUUGAAUUUUCAAUUCAGAUUAUGAUAAUGAUGUAAAAAAUGCUGACUCUGGAAUGUGUAUAGGAUUUGGGUUCCAAUUGAACAAUCGGAUGCAUU